AUGUCAGGUACUACCACUUCCGCCACGACGCAGGCCUUGAUCGACAAUGGAGGUGCCGAUUUGAAGAAUCGAAAAAACAUCUCUGGAUAUUCUAAGUUUUGGAGUCCCGAAGCCGCUCAGGACACCAAAGAGGAUGAGAAGAACCGAAAAGACCAGUACGAAAAUCUGGUCAAUGGUUACUACGACGCCUGUACCGACAUAUACGAAUAUGGAUGGGGCCAGAAUUUCCAUUUUGCGCGAUACUACAAGGGUGAAGCUUUCGCUCAGGGAAUCGCCCGACAUGAGCACUACCUUGCUGCCCAAAUCGGCAUCAAAGAGAAUAUGAAGGUACUCGAUGUCGGCUGUGGUAUCGGUGGUCCCGCCCGAGAGAUAUGUUUCUUCACAGAUGCCAACAUCGUUGGGAUCAACAACAAUAUCUUUCAAGUCGAUCGUGCCAUCAAGUAUUCCGCCAAGGCCGGCUUAAGUCACAAAUUAACCUUUGAGAAGGGCGACUUUACCAAAAUGGCUGAUCAAUUCGGUGAAGACGUCUUUGACGCUGUCUAUGCGAUCGAAGCUACUGUCCACGCCCCGGAGUGCGAAGACGUAUACGCCGAGGUGUUCAAAGUCCUGAAACCCGGUGGCAUUUUUGGUUUGUAUGAGUGGUGUUUGACCGACAAGUACGAUGACAAGAACCCUCAACAUCGCCAAAUUCGUCAUGAAAUUGAACUUGGUGACGCGAUCCCCGAGCUCCGUACAGUUGAACGCACUUUACUGGGCAUGAAAAAUGUUGGAUUCGAGGUUAUCAAGUCAGAGGAUAUGGCCGCUCGAGACGAUCCGCUCCCCUGGUACUACCCUCUUCGCGGAAAGCUGUCGGAAGCCCAGACGGUCUGGGAUUACUUUACCAUUUUCCGAUUAACUACGUUCGGAAAGGGACUUCUUUCUGGUACCGUCAGAAUCCUUGAGACUUUGGGCCUUGUCCACAAAGGCACAUCUGCAGUUGACCGUUCGCUCAACAUCGCUGCCAAUGCUCUCGUGGCUGGUGGCGAAUCUGGGAUUUUCACUCCCAUGCAAUUGCUCAUCGUCCGCAAACCUGAGAGCAAAUAG